GUUAGCUGUCAUGAAGGGCGUUUGCGUUCCCGAACUAAAUAACAAUUAAAGCAAUAGUAUUGUCGAAAAUACACCGGUUUAAUUAAUAAGUGCUACCGUUCGUGAUUAGUGCAAUAUCGACGACAAGAUAACCAGCUCGGCUGGUUCCUGAAGGAGAAAUGACCACCGACAUCAGCAUAGUAAGGUGGGAUCCCACCUUGCAACAGGAAAUUGUAGAAGAUUACGAAUACGAUGGAGGAAACUCGUCUUCCAGGCUUUUCGAAAGAUCCAGAAUCAAAGCUUUGGCCGACGAACGAGAAAGCGUCCAAAAGAAAACCUUCCAAAAAUGGGUGAACUCCCAUCUAGUCCGGGUGAACGCCCGAAUAUCGGACCUUUACAUCGACAUGAGAGACGGCAAAAAUCUGAUAAAACUCCUGGAGGUCCUCUCCGGCGAGCGUUUGCCGCGCCCCACCAAAGGCAAAAUGCGCAUCCACUGCCUGGAGAACGUCGACAAAGCCUUGCAGUUCCUCAAAGAGCAACGCGUCCACCUCGAAAACAUGGGUUCGCACGACAUAGUCGACGGUAAUCCGAGAUUGUCGCUCGGUCUCAUCUGGACCAUCAUCCUCAGGUUCCAAAUACAAGACAUCACGAUCGAAGAAACCGAUAACCAGGAAACGAAAUCGGCCAAAGACGCGCUGUUGCUUUGGUGCCAGAUGAAGACGGCCGGCUAUCACAACGUAAACGUCAGGAAUUUCACGACGUCGUGGCGAGACGGGCUGGCUUUCAACGCUUUAAUCCACAAACAUCGUCCCGAUUUGAUACAUUUCGAUAAACUGUCCAAAUCCAAUCCCAUCCACAAUUUGAACAACGCUUUCAACGUCGCCGAAGACAAAUUAGGCUUAACUAAGUUAUUGGACGCCGAAGAUGUGUUCGUAGAACAGCCGGACGAGAAAUCCAUCAUCACCUACGUAGUGACCUACUACCAUUACUUCAGCAAAAUGAAACAGGAAACCGUACAGGGCAAACGUAUCGGCAAAGUCGUGGGAAUAGCCAUGGAAAACGAGCGCAUGAUCAAGGAAUACGAGUCGCUCACCAGCGAUUUGUUGGCUUGGAUCGAAGCCACUAUAGUGGCUUUGGGCGACAGGAAUUUCGCCAACAGUUUAGCAGGCGUUCAAGCUCAAUUAGGUCAAUUCAACAACUACCGAAUCGUCGAGAAACCGCCGAAGUUCGUCGAAAAAGGCAACUUGGAAAUCCUCCUGUUCACGUUGCAAUCCAAAAUGAGAGCCAACAAUCAACGACCGUACACGCCGAAGGAAGGCAAGAUGAUAUCCGACAUCAAUCGAGCUUGGGAGAGAUUGGAGAAGUCCGAGCACGAGCGCGAAUUGGCGCUGCGUGAGGAGUUGAUCCGACAGGAAAAAUUGGAGCAACUGGCGGCGCGAUUCAACAGGAAGGCCAGCAUGAGAGAGACGUGGCUGAGCGAAAACCAAAGAUUAGUCUCGCAGGACAACUUCGGACAAGAUCUCGCAGCCGUAGAAGCCGCGGCUAAGAAACACGAAGCCAUCGAAACCGACAUAUUCGCCUACGAAGAACGCGUACAAGCCGUCGUAUCCGUAGCGGGAGAACUCGAAGCCGAAAACUACCACGACAUGGAGCGCAUCAACGCCCGCAAGGAGAACGUACUGAGACUAUGGAAUUACUUACUGGAAUUGCUUAAAGCCCGUAGAAACCGUUUAGACAUCUCGCUGCAAUUGCAACAGAACUUCCAGGAGAUGAUGCACAUCCUGGACGCCAUGGAGGAAUUGAGGCAACGCCUGCUCACCGACGACUACGGCAAGCAUCUCAUGGGCGUGGAGGAUCUCCUGCAGAAGCACAAUUUACUCGAGGCCGACAUCAACAUACUCGGCGAUCGGGUGAAAGCCGUCGCCAAUCAAUCGCAGAGAUUCGUCGACGUCGACAACGACGAGGGCUACAAACCCUGCGAUCCCGGUUUGGUGUUGGAGCGUGUCCAGCAGUUGGAGAACGCCUACGCGCAACUCGUCCGAUUGGCCGUUGACCGACGGACCAGAUUGGAGGAGAGCAAGAAACUGUGGCAAUUCUACUGGGACAUGGCCGACGAGGACAAUUGGAUAAAGGAAAAAGAACAAAUAGUGUCCACCAGCGACAUCGGACACGAUCUCACCACCGUGAAUUUGUUGCUGAGCAAACACAAGAUAUUAGAAAACGAAUUGGCGGCGCACGAAUCGCAGCUCGAGGCCGCCCUCGGCGUGGGCGAAGAGCUCAUCAACGGCGGCCAUUUCGGCGCCGAGAAGAUCCAGGAGAGAUUGAACGAAAUCCGCGACGCUUGGAAGCAUCUGCUCGACUUGGCGGCUUAUCGCAGAAAACGAUUGGAGGAAGCCGUGGAUUACCACCAACUGUUCGCCGACGCCGACGACGUCGAUAUUUGGAUGUUGGACACUCUUCGAUUGGUAUCCAGCGAAGAUGUCGGCCAGAACGAGGGCAACGCACAAUCGUUACUCAAGAAACACAAAGACGUCACCGAAGAAUUGAAGAACUACGUCAGCGUUAUCGAUUCCCUUCACCAGCAAGCCGAAGCCUUGGGCCCCGAGGUGGCCAAUUCGAAGGAGGUGUCGCAGCGAUUGGCUUCGAUCGAUAAUCGCUACAAGGAAUUAUUGGAAUUGGCCAAACUCAGGAAGCAACGUCUGCUAGACGCUCUGUCCCUCUACAAAUUACUAUCGGAAAGCGACGGCGUCGAGCAAUGGAUAAACGAAAAAGACAGAAUGCUCCAAACGAUGAUCCCCGCCAGGGACAUCGAGGACGUCGAGAUAAUGAAGCACCGUUACGACGGUUUCGAAAAGGAAAUGAACGCCAACGCUUCGCGCGUGGCCGUCGUGAACCAAUUGGCCCGUCAGCUGCUCCACGUGGAGCAUCCGAAUUCCGAAGAAAUCACUGCCAGACAAAACCACCUCAAUCAGAAGUGGGCGGAAUUGCGCGAAAAGGCCGAAGCCAAGAAAGAGGAAUUGAAUUCAGCUCACGGUUUGCAAACGUUCCAUAUUGAAUGUCGCGAAACCACCACUUGGAUCGAAGAUAAAAUCAGGAUCCUCCAAACCACCGAUAGCCUAGAGAUGGAUCUGACCGGUAUCAUGACGUUGCAACGUCGUUUGUCCGGCAUGGAGAGAGACUUGGCCGCCAUCCAAGCCAAACUCACCGCUCUGCAGAAGGAAGCCGAUUCCAUAGAAGGCGAGCACCCUGAAGAAGCGGCCGUCAUACGAGAACGCAUCACCCAAAUACAAAUCAUCUGGGAGAGGUUGACGCAAAUGUUGAAAGAAAGAGACUCCAAGCUCGAGGAGGCCGGCGAUUUGCACCGGUUCCUGCGCGACCUGGACCACUUCCAGGCUUGGUUGAGCAAAACGCAAACGGACAUCGCUUCCGAAGACACGCCCGGCUCGCUCUCCGAAGCCGAGAAGCUCCUCUCCCAGCACCAAGCCAUCAGAGAGGAAAUCGACAAUUACACGCCCGACUACACCAAAAUGAUGGAGUACGGCGAACGCAUCACCGCCGAACCGAGCACUCAAGACGAUCCGCAGUACAUGUUCCUGAGGGAGAGGCUGAAGGCUUUGAAAGACGGUUGGGACGAGAUACACCAAAUGUGGGAGAACCGCCAGCAAUUGCUGUCCCAAUCGCUCAGCCUGCAACUGUUGGACAGGGACGCGAGACAAUCGGAGGUUAUACUCAACCAACAAGAGCACACGUUGGGCAAGGACGAGAGCCCCACCACGUUGGAGCAGGCCGAGAACUCGUUGAAGCGACACGAAGCCUUCCUCGCCACCAUGGAAGCCAACGACGACAAAAUCAACGGAGUCAUCGAGUUUUCGAGACGAUUGGCCGACGAAGGUCAUUUCGCCACCGACAAAAUCGCCAAGCGCGCCGACAACAUCGAAGAACGCCGACUGGCCAACAGGGAGAAGGCCCAAGCGCUUCUCGAAAGGCUGAGGGACCAACUGGAGCUCCACCAGUUCCUCAGAGACUGCGACGAAUUGGGCGAAUGGAUCCAGGAGAAGCACAUCACGGCCCAGGACGAAACGUACCGAUCCGCCAAGACCGUGCACUCGAAAUGGACGAGACACCAAGCGUUCGAGGCCGAGAUAGCGGCGAACAAGGAGCGCCUGCACAGCCUGCAAAAGGCCGCCGAGGAAUUGGCCAAAGAGAAGCCGGAAUACGCCAGUCACAUUCAACCGAAGAUCGAGGACAUGAUCGAUCAAUUCGACGUGCUCGAGCAAACCACCAAAGAAAAGGGCGAGCGAUUGUUCGACGCCAACCGAGAGGUGCUCAUCCAUCAGACCUGCGACGACAUCGAUUCGUGGAUGAGCGAAUUGGAGAAGCAAAUCGAAAGCGACGACACCGGCUCCGAUUUGGCCUCCGUCAACAUUCUGAUGCAGAAACAACAGAUGAUCGAAACCCAAAUGGCGGUGAAAGCCCACCAAGUGGGCGAAUUGGAGAAGCAAACGCGCCAUUUGGAAACGGCCGCUCCCGAAAAGGACCUCGACGAGAUCAAGCACAAAAAGACGAAGGUCGAACAGCGCUUCGAGAAGCUGAAGAAACCUUUACUCGACCGACAGGUUGUAUUGGAGAAGAAAAAGGAAGCGUUGCAAUUCAGGCGAGACGUCGAAGACGAAUUGCUGUGGAUAGCCGAGAAGAUGCCGCAAGCUUUGUCCACCGAAUACGGCAACACCCUCUUCCAAGUGCACAUGUUGGAGAAAAAGAACCAAUCCUUGCAAACCGAAGUCGACAAUCACGAACCCAGGAUCAAUACAGUUUGUAACAACGGCCAGAAACUCAUCGAUGAAGGUCACGAGGAUUCCGGCGAGUUCGGCAGGCUCAUCAGCGAGCUGCACAAGGCCUGGCAGGAGCUGAACGACGCCAUCGACAAGCGGCGCGAGAACCUGUUGCGCACCGAGCGCGCCCAGCAGUACCUGUUCGACGCCAACGAGGCCGAGAGCUGGAUGAGCGAGCAGGAGUUGUACAUGAUGGUCGAAGAUCGCGGCAAGGACGAAACGUCGGCGCGCAAUUGCAUGAAGAAACACGAAAAUCUCGAAGCGGCCGUCGAAGAUUACGCCGAUACGAUUCGAACGUUGGGCGAGACCGUCCGAUCGCUCGCCGCCGAGGCCCAUCCGCUGGCCGAGCAAGUGGCCGUCAAGCAAUCGCAAUUGGACAAAUUGUACGCCGGUUUGAAGGACCUCGCGCAGGAGAGACGCGCCAAAUUGGACGAGGCGCUGCAACUGUUCCUGCUCAACAGGGACGUGCAGGACUUGGAGCAGUGGAUAGCCGACAGGGAGGUGGUCGCUUCGUCGCAGGAACUCGGCCAGGACUACGAUCACGUCACGUUGUUGUGCGACAGAUUCCAGGAGUUCGCCCGCGACACCGAAGCCAUCGGCAGCGAGCGCGUCAACGGGGUUAACGACACCGCCGAUCAGCUGAUAGCCGCCGGUCAUUCGGAUUCCGCCACCAUAGCCGAAUGGAAGGACGGUUUGAACGAGGCCUGGCAGGAUCUGCUCGAACUCAUCGAUACCAGGAAGCAAAUGCUGGCCGCUUCGAGGGAGCUGCACAAGUUCUUCCACGAUUGCAAGGACGUGUUGAGCAGAAUCGUGGAGAAACAAGUAUCCAUGUCGGACGAAUUGGGCAGAGACGCCGGCGCCGUGAACGCCUUGCAGCGCAAACACCAGAACUUCCUGCAGGACCUGCAGACGCUCCAAUCGCAGGUGCAACAGAUCCAAGAGGAAUCGGCGAAGUUGCAGGCGAGCUACGCCGGCGACAGGGCGAAGGAGAUCACGAAUCGCGAGCAGGAGGUGGUGGCCGCCUGGGCGGCGUUGCAGAUCGCCUGCGAUCAGCGGCACAACAAGCUCGCCGACACCGGCGAUCUGUUCAAGUUCUUCAAUUUGGUGCGAACGUUGAUGCAAUGGAUGGACGAAUGGACGCGCCAGAUGAACACCAGCGAGAAGCCGAGAGACGUCAGCGGCGUGGAAUUGUUGAUGAACAACCAUCAGACGCUCAAGGCGGAAAUCGAGGCGAGAGAGGACAAUUUCACGGCUUGCAUAUCGUUGGGGAAGGAGCUGUUGAAUCGCAAUCACUACGCCGCCGCCGAGAUUAAGGAUAAAUUGGUCACGUUGACCAAUCACAGGAACGCUGUCUUGCAACGUUGGGAGGAAAGAUGGGAGAAUCUACAACUCAUCCUGGAAGUGUACCAAUUCGCCCGGGACGCCGCCGUCGCCGAGGCGUGGCUGAUCGCCCAAGAACCGUAUUUGAUGAGCCAGGAAUUGGGUCAUACCAUCGACGACGUGGAGAAUCUGAUCAAGAAACACGAAGCUUUCGAGAAAUCGGCCGCCGCCCAAGAGGAGCGUUUCAGCGCCUUGGAAAGGUUGACGACGUUCGAAUUGAGGGAGAUCAAACGAAGGCAGGAGCUGGCGCAAGCCGAGGAACGGGCCAGACGCGAGAAGGAAGAGGCGGAACGAUUGGCGGCCAUCGCCGCCUCGCAGCCCAAAGAAACGGAAGCCGCCGCCAUGGAUAGACCGGACAUCGGAUCGCCUGCUGCUGAAGAACGACCAGUGCAUGGAGAACGACAGGUCAAAACAAAGACAUUACCCGCUACGUCGGCACACAGUACUCCCAUUCCUGUUACUCCUCGCCCACAAACUCUGUCGAGAAGCGAGGAGAAAGCCAAGCGCAAAGAUCGCUCACGCAGCAAAUCUCCGUUCAGGAGCUUCAGAUGGAAAAAGAGCUCGAAAUCGCCGGGCACGCACAGCGACGACGAAGGUAUGAGCACGAGCGGUGUCUCGUCGCCUCUGCAAGAGCAAAGCAGCGCAGGAGACGCGGAGACCUUCGAAGGUACGCUGGUGCGCAAGCACGAAUGGGAGAACACGACGACGAAGGCGGGCAACCGUUCCUGGGACAAGGUGUACUGCGUGAUCAGGGGCGCCCAGAUGGCCUUCUACAAGGACGCCAAGACGGCCAAGUCGACGCCCGACCAGCGGUUUAAGGGCGAGGCGGCGCUGUCGCUGCGCAAGGCCGUCGCCAACGUGGCGCAGGAUUACAAAAAGAAGAAGCACGUUUUCAGACUGAAAUUGGAAAGCGGCGGUGAGUUCCUGUUCCAAGGUCAGAACGAUUCCGAAAUGAAUACGUGGAUAUCGACGAUUAAUUCGCACGCCGACACCGAAUCGGCCGGUCCUUCUCGCUCUCAUACAUUACCCGCAUCUGGGCAGAAGGAGGAUUCGAAACGACGCAGCUUUUUUACUUUAAAGAAAACAUAAAUUGUUCUACUCUUGAUAAUACCUGUAUCUUUACGCUUUACCUGAACGGACCGUAGUCCUGACUUCGCUCUUUCUUUUUUAUAUUAGCAUAUAUAUUAUAUUUAAUAUAUUUUUCUUGUAGUAUGCACAGUAUAAUUGUAAUUUUAAAUGUAUAGUAAUUAUUACUAUGUGAUUGAAAUUUAUUGUAUCGACUGGGCCAAAGGAAACCACGUCAACCAGUGUUAAUUUUCGGAUAUGAAUAUUACAUACAGAUUAACUAGAACAUAAAAUGGAAAAGGUGUAAGAGUUCAGAGGGGAAAUCGAGUCAUGUUUCAAUAAUUAAAAUUAACUAAUCGACGGGCUUGUCCGUCGUACUUUUCCUCUUUUAAUUUAAUCAUUAAUUUACUCGUAAAUGUUUAUUUAAUAAGUUGCAAUAUAUUUUUAAAGCUUUGCUUGACAAAGAUCGAUUCGGUGAAUAAGUCAUUUAUAUAUUUUUCAUUUAAUAAUUUGUAGUUAUUUUACAUAUUUGAACAUGUGUGCUUUUAAAAAAUGGAGUUAUAAUAAAUAUUGUUUUUAGUAA